AUGAGCACCUUCACUCUGCCUCCAAAAAUUAGAUCCUUCAUUGGUAGUGUUACUGCUACUCCACUUGAAACUAUUGAAGAAGCCCUGAAAAAUUUUGUGUGGGAGUUUGAUAAGGGAGAUUUCCAUCAUUGGGUUGAUCUUUUUAAUCACUUUGAUACUUUUUUUGAGAAGUACAUAAAACCAAGGAAGGAUUUGCAGCUUGAGAAUACCAUUUUGGACUCGAGUCCUCCCUUUCCAAGAGAGGCCGUUCUUCAAAUCCUCCGUGUUAUAAGGAUAAUUUUGGAAAACUGCACAAAUAAGCACUUCUACAGUUCUUACGAGCAUCAUCUUUCAUCUCUGCUUGCUUCUACUGACGCGGAUGUGGUUGAAGCUUGUCUGCAAACUUUGGCAGCUUUUUUAAAGAAAACGAUUGGGAAGUACAUUGUACGGGAUGCUUCUCUUAGUUCGAAGUUAUACGCUUUUGCCCAAGGCUGGGGUGGAAAGGAGGAAGGCCUUGGAUUAAUUGCAUGUUCUACAGGGAGUGGUUCUGAUUCACUUGCUUGUGAGUUAGGUUGCACCCUCCAUUUUGAGUUCUAUGCAGUGAAUGAGCCAUCAGAUGAAGAGUCUGCUGCAGAACAACCAACUCAUGGUUUACAAAUUAUUCAUUUGCCUAACAUUAACACCCGCCAGGAGUCUGAUCUUGAGCUUUUGCACAAGAUAGUUGUAGAAUACAAAGUUCCCCCAAGUUUAAGAUUUUCUCUUUUAACAAGAUUGCGGUUUGCAAGGGCUUUUGGCUCCUUGGCUUCCCAACAGCAGUACACUUGCAUUCGCUUGUAUGCCUUUGUAGUUCUUGUUCAUGCAUGUGGUGAUACGGAUGACUUGGUCUCUUUCUUUCACACUGAACCUGAGUUCAUCAAUGAAUUGGUCACAUUAUUGAGCUAUGAAGAUGCAGUUCCUGAAAAAAUUCGAAUUUUAAGUCUUCUUUCCUUGGUUGCUCUUUGUCAAGAUCGGUCACGCCAGCCAACUGUCUUGACUGCCGUAACAUCUGGUGGGCACCGUGGCAUCCUCUCCAGUCUUAUGCAGAAAGCCAUUGAUUCUAUUGUCAGUAAUUCAUCAAAAUGGUCUGUCGUUUUUGCUGAGGCUUUAUUGUCUCUUGUCACUGUUUUGGUCUCAUCUUCAUCUGGUUGUUCAGCCAUGCGUGAAGCAGGAUUUAUACCUACUCUUCUACCUCUUCUUAAGGACACAGAUCCCCAGCACUUGCAUGUGGUCAGCACGGCUGUACAUGUUCUAGAAGCUUUUAUGGAUUUCAGUAAUCCUGCUGCUGCAUUGUUUAGAGAUUUGGGAGGUUUGGAUGAUACCAUUUCACGCCUGAAGGUAGAAGUGUUGCAUGUAGAAAAUGGAUCAAAGCAGCAAGUUACUUCUAUUGAGUUAGACAGUAUGGAAUCUAGUAUUACCCAUGUAGCUGCAGGUACUUCUUCUGAGCUGGAUACCUUGCAGCCUCUUUAUUCUGAAGCAUUGGUAGCAUAUCAUCGGCGGUUAUUGAUGAAAGCUUUACUGCGGGCCAUCUCUCUUGGAACCUAUGCACCUGGAAGCACUUCUCGUAUAUAUGGUUCAGAGGAGAGUUUGCUGCCACAUUGCUUGUGUGUUAUUUUCAAAAGAGCAAAAGAUUUUGGUGGUGGAGUAUUCUCACUGGCAGCAACUGUCAUGAGCGAUCUCAUUCACAAAGAUCCUACCUGCUUUUCUGUCUUAGAAGCAGCUGGUCUGCCUUCUGCAUUCAUGGAUGCUAUAAUGGACGGUGUUAUUUGCUCUGCAGAAGCUAUAGCAUGCAUACCUCAGUGCCUAGAUGCCUUGUGUCUGAAUAAUAAUGGCCUUCAGGUUGUGAAAGAUCGCAAUUGUUUGAGGUGCUUUGUGAAAAUAUUUACUUCCAGAACAUAUCUGCGUGCCCUUACUGCUGAUACGCCGGUAUCUUUGUCUAGUGGCCUGGAUGAACUGAUGCGCCAUGCUUCCUCAUUGCGUGGGCCUGGUGUGGAUAUGUUGAUUGAGAUUCUGAACACAAUUGCAAAGCUUGGAUCUGGGCCUGAAGCUGCUACCUCAUCCACUGAUUCUUGUAGCUGUUCAACACCCGUUCCCAUGGAAAUGGAUCCCGAUGAUAAGAAUUUGGUUCCAUCAGAUGAUAGGGAUUCAUGCAAGAUUGAAAGUGCUGAGCAGUCUGCUGAGAUGUCUUCUGAUGCCUCAUUGGUUAAUAUUGAGUCUUUCCUCCCAGAUUGUGUAAGCAAUGCUGCUCGUCUUCUUGAAACAGUUCUUCAGAAUUCCGACACGUGCCGUAUAUUUGUAGAGAAGAAGGGCAUCGAAGCUGUUCUUCAAUUAUUUACUUUGCAAUUAAUGCCUGUUUCGGUGGCUAUUGGUCAGAGUAUAGCUGUUGCGUUUAAGAAUUUCUCCCCACAGCAUUCUGCUUCUCUUGCCCGAGCUGUGUGCUCAUUCUUUGGAGAGCAUUUGAAGUCAACAAAUGAACUUUUAGUUUCAGUUGGAGGGGCGCAGCUUGUUCAGGUAGAAGCUGCCAAGCGGACAAAUGUUUUGAGGUGCCUCGCUAGUCUGGAAGCUAUCCUGUCUCUUUCUAAUUCUUUGUUGAAGGGGACUAGUACUGUAGUGUCUGAGUUAGGCACGGCAGAUGCUGAUGUAUUAAAAGAUCUUGGGAGGGCUUACAGGGAAAUACUCUGGCAAAUUUCUUUGUGCUGUGAUUCGAAGGUCGAUGAGAAACGAAAUGUUGAAGUGGAACCUGAAAGUGCAGAUGCAGCUGUAUCUAACGUUGCUGGAAGAGAUAGCGACGAUGAUGCAAACAUCCCUGUAGUGAGAUACAUGAAUCCCGUUUCUGUCAGAAAUAGUUCUCCCUCACCAUGGGGUGUAGAACGUGAUUUUCUUUCUGUUGUUCGUUCCGGUGAAGGUUUUAGUCGUCGUAGUCGACAUGGGUUGGCACGAAUUCGGGGGGGAAGGACGGGGAGGCAUCUGGAAGCAUUGCACAUUGAUUCUGAGGCUUUGCCCAAUGUUCUAGAGACUUCUUCCUCACAGGAUAUGAAGAAGAAAAGUCCCGAGGUUCUUGUUUUGGAAAUUCUUAACAAACUUGCUUCUUCUUUGCGGUCUUUCUUGACUGCUCUUGUGAAAGGAUUGACAUCACCAAACCGUCGAAGAACUGAAACUGGAUCAUUGAGUUUAGCUUCAAAGAGCAUUGGAACUGCACUGGCUAAAGUUUUUCUUGAUGCUCUUGGUUUUUCUGGGUAUUCUACCUCUGCUGGCCUUGACAUGUCAUUAUCAGUCAAGUGUCGCUAUCUUGGAAAGGUUGUGGAUGAUAUGGUGGCACUCACCUUUGAUAGCAGGAGACGCACGUGCUAUACAGUAAUGAUUAAUAACUUCUACGUUCAUGGAACCUUCAAGGAGCUUCUGACAACAUUUGAAGCUACAAGUCAAUUGUUAUGGACACUGCCUUACUCUAUUCCAGCAUCUGGUAUUAAUCAAGGGAAAGGUGUUGAGGGAAGCAAGUUGUCUCACAGUCCAUGGCUGCUUGAUACAUUGCAGAGCUAUUGCCGUUUACUGGAGUAUUUUGUAAAUUCUUCUUUGCUUCUAUCUCCAAACUCUGCAUCCCAAGCUCAGCUACUUGUUCAGCCUGUUGCAGUUGGUUUAUCAAUUGGGUUAUUUCCUGUUCCAAGAGACCCAGAGGUGUUUGUCCGUAUGCUGCAGUCUCAGGUUCUGGAUGUAAUACUUCCUGUCUGGAACCAUUCUAUGUUUCCAAAGUGCAAUCCGGGUUUCAUUGCCUCCAUUGUUUUGCUUGUUACUCAUGUAUACUGUGGUGUUGGAGAUGUGAAGCGGAAUCGCAAUGUUGGGUCAGGAAGUACAAACCAACGCUAUAUAGCACCCCCACCUGAUGAAGCUACUAUUGCCACAAUUGUGGAGAUGGGUUUUGGCAGGGCAAGAGCAGAGGAAGCACUGAGACGGGUGGAAACAAACAGUGUUGAGAUGGCCAUGGAAUGGUUGUUUAGUCAUGUUGAAGAUCCUGUUCAGGAGGAUGAUGAAUUGGCGCGGGCACUUGCUUUGUCACUAGGAAGUUCAUCGGAGACAUCUAAAGUUGAAAACAUUGAUAAGUCCAUCGAUACCCUCAAGGACGAUGGACGAACAAAGGAACCCCCUGUGGAUGACAUUCUUGCUGCAACGAUGAAAUUGUUUGAGAGUAGUGACUGGAUGGCUUUUCCUUUGACUGAUUUGCUAGUUACGCUUUGCAGUCGGAACAAAGGUGAAGAUCGCCCAAGAGUGAUCUCUUAUCUUAUUCAGCAGCUAAAGCUUUGCCCAUUGGAAUUUUCUAAGGAUGCCAGUGCUUUGUGUAUGAUAUCACAUACUUUAGCAUUGCUUCUUUCUGAAGAUGGAAGUGCGCGAGAGAUCGUUGCAAAGAAUGGUAUUGCCAAUGUAGCCAUCGAUAUUCUGAUGAACUUCAAAGCAAGAACUGAGUCAGGAAACGAGCCAGUGGUACCAAAAUGUGUUAGUGCUCUACUACUUAUCUUGGAUAAUUUGUUGCAAUCCAGGCCUAGAAUAUCUGCUGAUAUUACUGAGGGAACUCCUGGGGGACCUUUACCUGACUCGUCUGGGGAGCAUGUUUCAUUGUCUGUUUCAGAAGCAGUAAAAGAGAGAAAUCCAACUCCAGCAGCCCAUGAUAAAGACUCUACUUCAUUUGAGAGAAUUUUUGGAAACUCUACCGGCUAUUUGACUGUUGAUGAGAGUCGAAGGGUAUUGGUUGUUGCUUGUGACUUGAUAAGACAACAUGUCCCAGCUAUGGUCAUGCAGUCUGUUUUACAAUUAUGUGCUCGGUUGACAAAAACAUUCUCUGGCUCUGCAAUUUCUCGAAAAUGGAGGCUUGGUUGCUCUUUUUAG